CGGGGAGAAAAAAAAAAAAAGGGCAAUACGAGAAUCAGGUACCAUUCGUUGACCUCUCCGCCGGAUUCCCCACCGCACCAAGACUCGAUCCUUGCCAACGCCCUCCGCGUGGCCUCGUGUCUUGGCCUCGGAGCAGGGUGAGGUAAAUAGAACCGGAAAACCAUCAUCGUUCAGAUGGUCGCAUGAGCUUGGGCAUCGUCGUCGCACAGUCGAAAUCGGCAACGACAGAAGAAGAAAAAGAAGCUGAAUCGGAUGUGUGCUGCUAUCCGUUGAGAUUCGUCGAGGACCCUCGUCACCCUCCCAGCUCUCCCUCCGCCUCGUCUUCGCCUCUCGUCACGAAGCCGCGAUGAGGUCCUCGGUCGGGGCGUUGCUCGCCGGCGCGCUCUCUCUCGCGACUCCCGCCCUGUCGGCCGAGCGCAUUCUGCGGUCGACCUCCCUCAACAGCUGCCAGGAGAACUCAGGCUUCACUGCGAGCCUGUUCAGCGUCGUGUACAUCCCGAGCCAAGGCGUCGCCCACGUCAACAUUUCGGCCUUCUCCACCAUCGAGGCCAAUGUCAUCUUCGAUAUCGACAUCACCGCCUACGGCUAUUCGUUCCUGCACCGCACCAUCAACCCGUGUGAGGUCAACCUCGCCGGUUUCUGCCCCAUGGUCUCCGGCAAGCUUGGCGACCCCUUCAACCUUCCCGUUACUGCCGCCGCCACCGCCGGCAUCCCCUCCAUCGCCUACGACUUCCCCGACCUCGACGCCAAGGUUAGGAUCUUCAUCAACGCCACCGACGGCGGCCGCGCUGGCCAGAGCGUCGCCUGCGUUGAGGCCCUCAUCUCCAACGGCAAGACCGUCGACCUCAUCGGCGUCAAGUGGGCCUCCGCCGUCGUCGCCGGCCUCGCUCUCGCUUCCUCCGCCUUCCUAUCCGGCCUCGGCCACACCAAUGCCGCUUCCCACGUCGCCGCCAAUGCCCUCUCGCUCGUCAGCUACUUCCAGGCCCAGGCUAUGAUCGGCCUCGUCGGCAUCCCCUUGCCCCCCGUCGUCCAGUCGUGGACACAGGAUUUCCAGUGGAGCAUGGGUAUCAUCAAGGCCGCCUGGAUGCAACGCAUCUUCACCUGGUACCAGCGAUCGACGGGCGGUACGGCGUCGACGCUGAUUACGCAGUCGAGCAGCUUGUCGGUGGUGUCCGUCGAGGUGCAGAAGCGCAGCAUCGACCUGUUCCAGCGCGCCGCGUCCAUCCUUCCCCGCGCCGUCCUCGACCACGGCACCAGCCUGAUGCGCCGCGCCAACGUCCAGACCAGCUACGGCAGCUUCGUCGUCUACGGCAUCCAGCGCGCCGCCUUCCGCGCCGGCAUCGAGAGCACUAACCUCUUCCUCACCGGGCUCGUCUUCUUCUAUAUCGUCAUGGUCAUCACCACCCUCUGUGUUAUCGCCUUCAAGGGCUUCUGCGAGCUCGCCGCUAAGAAUAAGUGGAUCAAGGGCGACCAAUUCCUCGAUUUCCGCAACGGUUGGCGAACCGUUCUCAAGGGCAUCCUCUUCCGGAUGGCCCUCGUUGGGCAUCCCGCCAUCACGAUCCUUUCCUUCUGGGAGUUCACCCAGAACGACUCCCCCGCGCUCAUGGUCUUGGCUGUGUUCUUCCUCCUCGCGAUCAACCUCGUCCUUGCCUGGGCGGCCUACAAGGUUAUCCGCAUCGCGCAUCGCUCCGUCGCCAUGCACAGGAACCCAGCUUAUAUCUUGUUCUCGGACCCCGAGACUCUUAACAAGUGGGGCUUCCUAUAUAUCCAGUUCCGCGCGUCAGCGUACUACUUCAUUGUGCCGGUUCUCUGCUACACAAUCGUAAAGUCGCUCUUCAUCGCGUUCGCGCAAAACAGCCCGAUCGUACAAGCAAUCGCAUUCAUCCUAAUCGAGGCGGCAGCGCUCAUUGCGGCGUCAGUGCUACGGCCCUGGAUGGACAAGAAGACGAAUUCGUUUAACAUCGCGAUAUGCGCCGUUAACUUCAUUAACGCACUUUUCCUACUCAUCUUCACCCGCGUCUUCGACCAGCCCGCAAUCGUAACGGGCGUCGUCGGCGUCAUCCUAUGGAUCCUUAACGCCGUAUGCACACUCGUACUACUACUCAUGCUCAUCAUCACGACGGGCAUUAUCAUCUUCCACGGCAACCCGGACGGCCGGUACAAGUUCAUGGCCGACGACCGGACCUCCUUUAUGAAGUCGCAGAGCCAGUUGGCGACGACGACGGAGCUUGACGCGCUCGGCGUCACCGCGCGCGGCGAGAAGCACCGCUACGGCGGCUCCGGCCUCGACCUGGACGCCGACGACGCUUCCAGGUCCGCGAGCGCGUCGAACCACCGCGACUCGUCGCUCUACCGCGGCCGCCCCUCCCUCGCCAACUCCACCACUCGUGGUUCCCACCCGAGUCCGCUCCGCCCCCCAGUCGACCCCGCGUCCAUCGGCCGCGCUGUGAGUCCCAUCGGCCACCGCGCCGUGAGCCCCAUCAGCGCCUCGAGCGCGUCCGGAGGCCGCUCCCAACGCAACGCGAGCCCCGCCGGGUCCCGCCCGCCGCCGAGCCCGAGGUAAGAACUGAACCCCCGCUCCGGCUCCCCUGGUCGGGCGAGACUGCUGUCGAACCCAACUUCUUCUGAGAGCGUCUGCUGACUCGUCGUCGCGGCUAGGGCCUGGCAACGCGGAGCCGGAUACGACCAUCAGGUGAGCGGCCCGUAGCACCCCUCCGAGUAUAGUUACGAGCGGUAUGCCGCGACGUACCGAUGUCUCGAAACACGGCCGUGAUGCUCCGCCCCUUUGCGGGCGGGAUUGCGCCGCCUUAAUUCAACCUCUCUCUUAUCAAUCGUGCCGCACCCGCUCAAGUCUCCCGGGAACUUGUCUGGUGUCGGGUGCGGAGAUGAACUUGCUUGUGUGGUUAUUUAUAUCCGAACGGCGGCGCUAUGUAUAUUUAGGGAGGCGGUCAGGGCGGCAGAGGCUCGACCUGACCGACUGACUAUGCGGGACAAGGUGUCCCGGCGAGGGUUUAGCUUUGUUACGAACUGUUGGGCAGGAAUCAAGGCGUUUCUGGCAGGGGGAAAUGAUGCAUUCUUUGCAGCCGGCGCGGAUGGGUCCGGCUCUACGACGUGGGGAAUACUGCAGUUUCGGCUUCGCUUUGCGGUGUAGACUCGUGUGUGCAAAUAGUUGGUUUAUAUAGUGCCCAGUACAUUUA